AUGUCCGUGAUCUCGCUUAGCGCGAGUGCGUCGCUCGCGUCCUCUGUAGACGGCCGGCGCUCUUCCCCCGCUACCUCCCCCACCGUGCCCGCUCAAGAGGGCCUUCACGACAUCGAUCCCGUUCCGGGUUUGAACAGUGCCGCUUCAGACCCUGCUCUCGCGUUAGUAACAGACGAACAUCCUUCAGCGUGCACAAACACCGCUGGAGACAACCCGCCCGUUCCCACUCCGAGCUUCCAAAACACUGGCGCUGCGCUGCAAGAGCUUGCGUCUCCAUCUUCGCUGAGCUGCACCGCCCAUUCGCCUUCUGGUUCUGUGCCCAAGCUAGAUCGCGACCUGGGAUCCCCUCUCGACACGAUGAGCGACCAGCGCACCCCUGAGACGACCCCGCCAGGCUUGCCUGCCGAGAAAAAGGACAGCAAGAAGCGGAAGCGGGGUGAGGACAAGAACGCUGAGGGCUCAGAGGUUGGCCACUCCCGACCUCUCCGAUCUCUCCGCCCCCGCCUUCAUCCCCUUUUAGCUCCUCUCGUGGCCGCGCCUACUCACCCUGUCGACGCGCGCACCGGAUCUGCGGCUAAAGAACCUGACUCCAACCCACAGCCAAGCAACUCAACGAUCGAAUGGGAAGUUGAGGAGCUCACAGGGAAGUGGUACGAGGAUAGGAAGCGGAUCGACCCUGAGACAGGUCUUCUAGGGUUCUUGUUCUUUGAGGUCAAAUGGAUAACCGGAGAGGUGACCUGGCAGGCCUACACCGAUCUAAACUGCGGAGAAUUGCUUGCGGAGCUCUACCAGCGCAAGGCCGAUUUGCCACAGAGGCACUUCAUCCAGAACUUGAUCGAGAAGAGUCGAGAGUGACUCAUGCGGAAGACUUUGGGUAUGGGAACUCGGGACACGGUCUAGAGUUGGUAUUGGGGGCCUAGUCCUUGCACUGACCUCUAUGCAAUUCACGGCUAAGACUUUACCAAGGUAGCUUCGGGACGAAGCUUGCGUUCAUUCACACCCACUCAUUCAGUCAAUCGAACGAAUCAAAUGC